AUGGCUUCACCAGGCCGCAAUUCACGUCGCGCGACACCUGACAAUGGAGCGGAUACGGAACCUUUUCCUGCGAUGCCAGAGUCGUCCGCUGCAGGCCCAAGUACAUAUCAACAACCCACGACAACGACAACGACCACCGUUGGUCCAACAAUAACCACCACCACCACGUAUUCUUCUCGCAACAGGCCUUAUACUAUGACUUCGUCUCAGCCAGUCACAAAUGCUCCCUCUUCCACCACCUCUUUACCUGUGACAGUGGUUUUCGGUCCCAACACUGCCGCAGGUUCUUCUACCGUCCGAACCUCUGUCCCCAGCCCUCCCCAGACUACUCGCAUGAGACCUAUUGGAAUAAGGAGACUGCCAUCGUCAAAUUUGCGGGCAGGAUAUGAGGCGGGAUCAUCAGCCACUGAUCUUAAUGGUGGAGUUGGUCGCUCUUCCUCUGGCCGAGGAAGAAGCACUUCCGCCCCUCAAAACACCAAUACUUUGACAGUUCCUGGUCAAGCAAAUAACUUGACCAGACAAAGCACGCGGCAGUCUCUCCUGGCUCCAGUGGCGGAAAAUCCAGCAUCCGCAGAUGCUCCAGCCGAUAGGGAAAACAUGGGCGAGGCUGGAACUGGAGGUGUUAGCCGCAGACGCAGUGUCAGCAAUGCAGCGCGAUCGGUUCUCAGCAGGUUUAGUGAUCACUCGCGUGAGCGACAAGACCCCGAAUAUGAGACGGAGGUGGUGGACUUAUUGGACGUUCUUGAUCCCGAAGUCUCGACAUUGACUACUCUCACAAACGUGCAAAAUUCGCUUUUCGUGCCAGAUCUUGGUCGAUGGUUGAACAGAAGACCCACCUAUGAGCUGAGUAGUCGUCGGUCAACCAUGACUCGCCGUCAAGAAGUGCCAGACACAAUAGAAGAGAAAGAUACCCCAGGAAUGACCCCUAUUCAAAGUGAACCAACACCAUCGGAGACGGGAGACCUCACACAGGUGGGGACCGCUCCGACAAUGCAAAGGACUUGGUCAUGGCAACGGAGGCCUCAAAUCGAACGGAGCCACAGUAUUUCCUCGGUUGUGACUGACUCUCAUUAUGCUGUCUUACCACACGGCUUUACUUUGGAUGAUUGGAGUGAGGAAGACAAGGAAGCAUUGGACGACCAUGUACGACAUAUGUUACAUUCCAAGCGAUCCAAAUUCAAGCAAAGGAUGGUUGCAUUUGGCAAAUACAUCCGGAAGCCCUUGGGAUUUUUCGUCACCCUGUAUGCCGUCCUCAUCACUCUCUUUGGAUUGGCUUGGGUGCUCUUCUUGAUCGGGUGGAUUUAUGUUGGGGAUCAACAGCUAUAUAUCAUCAACAUCAUCGACAACGUCCUGGUCGCUCUUUUCGCUAUCGUCGGUGAUGGCUUGGCCCCUUUCCGUUGUGUCGACACUUACCACAUGAUUUAUAUUGCACACUACCACCACUUGACCUGGAGAUUGAGACGUGAACAAGCGCUUCCUACACUUCAUGAUCACAAUGAUCUCCCCGCACAGCCAAAGGAAGAAGCUGAUCCAGAGGCUCAAAAACCCGAAGAAUCCGAGUUCUCGGUCUUGACCGCAAAACAGCAACAGAAGUUGAUUCACCACCAGGCCAAAUUCUCAAAGUCACAUUCUUUCUACAAGCCACACGAGACACCAACGCAUUAUGCUUUCCCGUUGCGACUCCUUGUGGCGAUUGUGGUCCUUCUGGAUUGUCAUUCGUUGUUUCAGAUUGCCUUGGGCGCGUGUACAUGGGGUAUCAGUUACCACCAUCGACCAGGAGCCUUGACUGCGACUAUUCUUUCUUGCUCAAUCACUGUCAACAUCACAGCGGGCAUUCUAAUCAGUGUGGGAGAUCGGAAGACUCGAAAGAAGGAUGUGGCAUUGAGAAUGACCAGGCAGGAGCUGACCACACAGGCAAUCAAGAAGGUUGAAAAACACAAGCACGACAGGGCAGCGAACCUCAGGGAUGCUUCUCAAAGAGAAAACUUUGAGGUCAUUGAUGAGGAGACAGCGGACCAAGUCAAGCCGCGCGAUUCUUGA